AGCGCAGUUUCGUUGACCACAUGGCGGCAAUUCAAUUACAAACGCCUGUGCAUGAAUCCAAUAAAAGCACAGGCAAUUGAUUGGGAAAGCUGUUUCAGAAAGUUACGAAGUGAGCAACGGUGAGCUGCGGGCUAGAAUAUCAUGGAAAAGGAAGGUCACCUGGAGCUGUCUUCACUUUCGAGACAGCUGUCUGAUAUUUUCGCUGAAGACUCAGACAAUGAAAAAGAUAGAACUUUUCAUGGAUUUUGCGACGAUGAAAUUAGUGAUCUCGACAAUGAUAAGUGCUUGGACAGUGACGACUGCUCCGAGAACUCCUCUCCAAAACAAUCACCACCGCCCAGCCAGCGUUUCACGCUGAGAGUGGCCCUUCGCCCUCGAACCCGCGCCAACCAACGGGAGGAGACUAAACUGAGAGAUGCUAAAAAGGAGAAGGAAUCAGGAGGAGGAAAUGACAUUCCUCUUAUCCAACCGACACUGCCAUCAAACUCUGACUCUGAGAAUGACUUCCCCCAAUCGUUUCUGGAGAAGAGGGCAUUGAACAUCAAAUCCAACAAAGCCAUGUUGGCCCAGCUAAUGGCCGACCUGCAGAAGAUGCCUGAUUCGCUACUGAAGACUCCGGGAGGCCGGCAGAAGCGUCCGAAUGCUGUGAGCUCACCGCACGUCCACGUUUUUUCGGUUCAGCGCGCUCCUCGGACCUCCCUGGCCCCCAGUGAAAGCCGGCGGAACCCUGAGAGGACCUCGCGAAGGCACACCCGCUCCAUGGGGGGGUGUGUGGACCCCAUUAAAGACGAGGAGCUGGAGAUGAGCCUGGAGGAGGAACUGCUGGAGGUGCGGCGGGCCCCCCGUCGCCGUGGCAGCCCGCGGCCCAAUCCGAGCAGGCCCCACGUGGUGCGGCCCGUGGAGGACGUGACCCAGGAGGAGCUGGAGCUGGUGGCCGACAGCCUGGUGGGCAAAGUGUACAACAGCGCCACUGGCUCCACGUGCCACCAGUGCCGACAGAAAACCGUGGAUACCAAGACCUGUUGCCGUGACGAGGGUUGCCGAGGGAUCCAGGGCCAGUUCUGCGGACCGUGCCUGAGGAACCGAUACGGAGAGGACGUCCGGACCGCCCUGCUCGACCCCCCCUACGGCUCAUCCGCCGAUGCGCCGUAUCGAUGCGUCCUGAUUGGUCCGCUUGCCCUCCUCGCAGGCCUGGCGCUGCCCGCCCUGCCGCGGGAUCUGCAACUGCAGCUUCUGCCGCCAGCGGGACGGCCGCUGCCCGACGGGGAUCCUGUUCCCGCUGGCACAGUACCACGGCUUCUCCGACGUCCACUCCUACCUCAGCAGUCUUCGUCAAAAACUGAAAACUGAAGAUGAGGACGAGUAACUGAAGCUGAAGUUAUGGAGAAUCUCCACUUCCCCUUUCUGACCAGCUGGUGGCACUGUUCUGUUUUUAUUUUUUUGUUGUUUUUUAAUACCUGCUUUCAACCCAUUUAAAUAAAUAUGACUUAUUAAA